UAGUUGCGCGGACAAUUCGUUACAUGUCGCCGGAGCCACCACAUCCGCCGCCAUUUUGUUUAUUUUCGCGUGAACCCGAAAGAUCCGCGAGCGAUCGCGACGUACGGGAUCGACCGUCCGCGCGUACUCGUUCGUGGUGCUCGAGUAAGAAUCCAGUCGCGGCUGGACACAGCGAGACAAAGAGGCGACAAGCACGCGGAAGGAAUUCGCACCCGCUGCUGCGAGAGAGCAACAGUACCGCAUACAGGUAGGCUCUUGUUUGCAUACGGUAGCGCGCAGCCGGAAGUUGCGGAUAAGUCGAUCGAGAGUCGGAGUCAGCGAUCGAGAUCCGGCGCGGCGGGCAGUAGUCACGGCGAGAGGGAGUUGAGCGAGUGAACCGAGUAGCCGCGGAGUGUGUAACGUGUGUGUGUAUGUUCGUCGCGCGCGAUCAUAAUUCGCGAUUAUCGCCGUCAUUCUCGCAGUCGCAGUUAAUUAAUCGUCAUCGUCGUCGUCAUUGUCGUCGUCGUCGCUGUCGGUGAUUGUCGCAUAGCCGUUCUGCGCCGAAUAAGCGCGCAGCGAAUACCGUUUUUCUGCGGAUCGGCCGCGGAAGGGGCAAGAGGAGGAGGAGGUCGGUGCGCGAGACGCCGGAACCCGAAGCGAGACGAUCGCCGCCGCUACCAACGCCACCACCACCACCACCACCACCACCACCGCCACCACCAUCAUCAUUAUCUUCAUCAUCACAGACGUCGUCGUCGUCGCUACCGCCACCGCCGCGAAGGUAGCCGCGAUCUCGCUGUGGCGACAUCCGGAAGAGAAGCGUAGGAGUACGUGCGGGCUCGCUGCUAUUCGACGGAUCUAGCAGCGAGAGAGGUAACACGAGGGUGGAAUAUAUGCUGUGGGCGUCCCCCGUGCGAGUGGGGGCACUUGAUGGCCGCAGAAAUUGGGCGAACUGCGAGCAAACAUCAAUCGUCGGAGUGCGGUAAAGCGACGUCGCUGUCGAGUCUCGGUGGCGACGUGGGCUUGGACAACCGGGUGAUCGUGGCAACGGAAUCGGAGCAGCAACAGCAGCCGCGGGAUUUGCAGCAACAGUCGCAUCAUCAGCAACGACAAUCGCCACCACCGCCGCCGCCGUCGCCGCCGCAACAGCAACAUCCGCACGAGCGAACAUCGUCGGCUACGGUGCAACCGAAGAUAACGCUCGAUAAACAACGACGUAAAACAACAACGACGUCGACUUCUCCUUGUCGCAAUCGUCAAUCGUUCGCGACCGCGCCAACGUCGGGCAUCAAUCAGCAGCAGCAGCAGCAAACUCCCACCGCAGACGUAACCUCGACGGCGGAGGCCGUCACCGAGGUACCCGGCGCCAUCAAGACGACCAUCAACAUCGGCUUCGCGAUGAAUCACGUAAACGACCAGGAGAACCUCAAGCAGCUGAGCCUCGCGCCUGUUCAGGUUAACGAGGUCGAGGAGAUGGACACGCAAGAGGAAACCCCCAAUGAUGGUGGGGGAGAUGGAACUGACAAUCGUCCUAUGAAUGGUGAACCAGAGUUAGCGUGCAUAGUUCAAGAUCAAGAAAUGGAGGAAGAUGAAGCCAGAUCAGAAGCGACCUUUCGAUACACUGUGGAAAAUCUAACGAAAAUGAGAGAUUCACAGUUAUCACCUGCAUGUUACGUCCGUAAUUUGCCAUGGAAAAUUAUGGUGAUGCCACGGUCAAGUCAGACGCAGGAAAGACAACCUCAAAAAUCACUUGGUUUUUUCCUUCAAUGUAAUGGAGAAAGUGAGUCUACUUCUUGGAGUUGUUACGCUGUUGCAGAACUACGUCUCCUCUCUUGUAAAGAAGGACUAGAACCGUUUAGCAGAAAAAUUCAGCAUCUUUUCUAUAGUAAAGAAAACGAUUGGGGCUUCAGCCAUUUCAUGACAUGGCAUGAUGUUCUGGAUCCUGAUAAAGGUUUCAUGAAAGAUGAUUCAAUCACGCUCGAGGUUCAUGUAGUGGCUGAUGCACCUCAUGGUGUUAGCUGGGACAGUAAAAAACACACGGGUUAUGUGGGAUUGAAGAAUCAAGGUGCUACAUGCUAUAUGAAUUCUUUACUACAAACUUUGUACUUUACAAAUCAGUUACGAAAAGCAGUUUACAAGAUGCCAACAGAGAGUGACGAUUCUAGUAAGAGCGUCGCGCUGGCUUUACAGAGGGUUUUUCACGAAUUACAAUUUUCGGACAAGCCUGUCGGCACAAAGAAAUUAACCAAAAGUUUUGGCUGGGAGACAUUGGAUUCUUUCAUGCAACAUGAUGUGCAGGAAUUUUUACGUGUGUUGUUAGACAAAUUGGAAAGCAAGAUGAAGGGAACGUGUGUGGAGGGUACAGUGCCAAAAUUGUUUGAGGGAAAAAUGGUCUCCUUUAUCAAAUGUAAAAAUAUAGACUACAAAUCCACAAGAGUUGAAACAUUUUACGACAUACAGUUGAACAUAAAAGGCAAAAAAAGUAUUUAUGAGUCUUUUAGCGAUUAUGUGAGUACAGAAAGUCUUGACGGUGAUAAUAAAUAUGACGCGGGAGAGCACGGAUUACAGGAAGCGGAGAAGGGCGUUAUUUUUUCAUCAUUUCCACCGGUUUUGCAUCUACAUCUAAUGCGGUUUCAAUAUGAUCCAGUUACAGAUUGUUCGGUCAAAUUUAACGACAGGUUUGAGUUCUAUGAAAAGAUUAGUCUCGGCAAGUAUUUGCAAAACAAAGAGGCAACGAGUGCGGAUUACACUUUGCAUGCAGUCCUGGUCCAUAGUGGUGACAACCAUGGAGGACACUAUGUUGUAUUUAUUAAUCCUGCUGGUGAUGGCAAAUGGUGUAAGUUCGAUGAUGAUGUCGUCUCACGUUGCACGAAGCAGGAAGCUAUCGAACAUAAUUACGGUGGUCAAGAUGAGGAUAUGUCUAUGGCUGUGAAACAUUGUACUAACGCUUAUAUGCUGGUCUACAUAAGGAACUCAGAGCUGGAAAACGUCUUGCAAGAGGUCAAAGAAGAGGAUAUACCUCAAGAGCUGGUGGAGAGGCUGCAAGAGGAGAAGAGGCUGGAACAGAUAAGAAGAAAGGAGAGAACGGAGGCGUACUUGUACAUGACCGUCAAUGUCCUUCUCGAGGAUAGCUUUGACGGUCACCAAGGGAACGAUCUCUACGAUCCAGAGCACGCUUUAUAUCGUGUAUUUCGCGUACGUAAGCAGGCGACUGUACACGAUUUUCUCGAGCUACUGAGUGAUAGUUUGAAAUAUCCAAUAGAACAGAUUCGUAUUUGGCCGUUCAGUCAACGUUCAAAUCAAACCUGUAGACCUACACUAAUCGAGCCGGACGCGGACCUUCAGAAACCUAUCAUCGAUUGUGCGGAAAAUCACAACCCUUGGAAUGUCUUUGUCGAACUUGUUCCACCUGACUCGGACAUGACGGCAUUACCGCCCUUUGACAAAGACACCGACGUUUUACUCUUCUUUAAGCUAUACGAUCCCAAAAAUAAGAAAAUACAUUACUGUGGUCAUCAUUACAUGCCUGUUACUGCUAAAGUCCAGGAACUAAUACCAAUUUUAAACGAACGGGCCGGGUUUUCGCCAGACACCGAGCUUGCUUUGUAUGAAGAAAUUAAACCAAACCUAGUUGAGAAAAUAGACAACCUAACAGAACCCCUGGAGAAAGUUCUCGAGGAAUUGAUGGACGGUGACAUUAUCGUCUUUCAAAAAGAAGGAGACAAUGACAUAUACGAACUUCCAACGUGUCGAGAAUAUUUCAAAGAUCUAUUCUACAGGGUAGAGGUGACGUUCUGCGACAAAACGAUUCCAAACGACCCAGGUUUCACAAUGGAACUUUCGCUAAGAAUGACGUACGAUCAAAUGGCAAAAGCAGUGGCACAGCGAGUUGGCACAGAUCCAUAUCUCUUGCAAUUCUUCAAAUGUCAAAACUACAAAGAUUCCCCCGGCCAUCCCUUGAAGUGUACAUUCGAGGGUACACUCAAAGAACUGGUGUCAUACUGCAAGUCGAAAGUAAAGAAAUUAUUUUACCAACAGCUCAGUAUUAGAGUGAACGAGCUAGAGAACAAAAAACAGUUCAAGUGCAUAUGGGUAGGCCCGUCGCUUAAGGAAGAAAAGGAAAUUAUUCUCUACCCAAAUAAAAACGGCACCGUUGCCACGUUGCUCGAAGAGGCUAAGAAGCAAGUAGAAUUAUCGGAAAAUGGAUCGGGAAAACUGAGGAUAUUAGAAAUCAAUUGCAACAAGCUUUUGCCUGGGCCGAAGGACGAAGUGCCCUUAGAUAACCUAAACGCAUCAGGCACCAAGCUGUACAGGAUAGAAGAAAUCCCGAACGACGAGUUGAAUUUAGCGGAGGACGAAAUGCUGGUACCAGUUGCGCAUUUUCACAAAGAUGUUUUCUCAACGUUCGGUAUACCUUUCUUCUUCAAGAUAAAACACGGUGAACCUUUCCAUAAAAUGAAGGACAGGCUGUUGAAGAAACUGGGUGUUCAGGAGAAAGAAUUCGAAAAGUUUAAGUUCGCGGUGGUGUCAAUGGGGAAACCGCAGUUUAUUAUCGAUUCGCCGGACCAUUGUAUCGAUAUGACUGAUUUCCUGCCUCACACAGGUAGCACAUCACCACACAGGCCUUGGCUCGGCCUGGAGCACGUCAACAAAGCGCCGAAGCGCUCUCGCAUCAACUACCUCGAAAAGGCCAUUAAGAUUUACAAUUAAAUUUCCACCACACGAAGAAGAAUUAAUUAGGCAGCCACUCAUAAUAAUUUAUACGACUCUGUAUAGUGAGAGAGCGACGUCUGAUACACGAAAGGAUUGGAAAAAAAGGAAUAUGCAUUCACAUAUUUGUUUCUUUAGCCAGAUUAAAUAUACGCGAUUUUAAUACUAUGAAAACGAUAUCGGGAGGGAGUAAAUCCAAGCUUUGUAUACGAUGGAUUAUUAAGACUGUCGUGAAAUGUGCAGUGGUAUUUUACGCAUCAUGGAAGAGCGAUAUGAUGUAGUUCCUCGACUUGAAUUUGUAAAGUUCUUCUUAUGUAACUACCCAGUCGGCUUGCUUUGGUGUCAUGCGAGAUUCGACGCGAACUUUUGCGUGGAGUACGGAGAACGUUUUCAUUUAGAAAUCCAUUUUGUAAGCCGCACCCAAUCUAAUACCAUCAUCUGAUUAUUAUCUGCAACACAGACUGGAUCCUCUUUUUCCUGUAAUUUUAUUGGGACAUUGGGAGAGAGAAAAACGGGCACGUUACUUCUGCAAAGUUUAAGUUUUUUCUUUUAUUCUGUCGUGUAAAAUUCGUAUGUAGCUAUUAAAUCUCCAGAGCUGCUGCUGCUCGUGUGUUCCGCAUAACAUGUAACACUCAUAAUGCUAUAUUACUAUGAAAAAGGACUGUUAUAUACAUAUUGCAAUUGUAAUCAGGAUGUUUGAAAUGUAGACUUGUUAAUAUUUACGCAAGACAAGAAAGCUAAAGAAAAGAUUCAAAAUUUCCAAUUUGCCUUGAGAAAUUUCAUGUGAGAUGUGAAGACGAUACAAAUGUCUCGGUAAAAUUUCAAUAUCUAAUUGAGCAAAGUACAAAGGACUACAUUGCUACGUUCUUCUAUGUUGCAACAUAUAACGAAACGUAAGAAGGUCGCAGACUGUGCGUGUGUAUGUGUGUGUGCGUGUAUGAGAGAGAAAGAAAGAGAAAAUGGAAGUCUAAAGCUGCCUUUCAAACACCCUGAAACAUCUUUCUUGCGUUCAAAUGUACUUUUUUUAUGUAUUUUAUCUUGUACAUUUUACCGAAAUCAUGAAACACCGCAAACGCGAAAAGGUACAUCCGAAGCAAGAGAUUAGCGAAACGAGUCCUGCCCCUAAACGAGAAGAUUCUUGUAAAAGGAUGCAAAUACUAGCUCAAACAAAUUACGUAACAGCAUGUUUGAUGAUUUUUUAAUUUUUUUUUUUUUUUUUUAAUUAUAUAGAAAAGUAUGCGUGUGUGAAACGACCGCUCUCAUUUUCGCGGAGCGACACGGAAAAUGUAACGAUUCUAUUAAGAAGGUAUCAUAGUAUUCUCUUAAUUUGAUCAUUAAAGAUAUUAGCGAUUCAUUUUUCUUUUUUAUAUUUAAUUUAUAACGCACUGCACCUAAGAGUAAUAUCUUGACGAAGCUCUCAUCGAGGGAAUCUGCGUUAUGCAAGAUUUCCCGUUGCUUUCGCGCGAAUCGUUAUUUAUCAUUUUCUAUACCUCACUGUGAUGAACCCCUUAGCCGACAUGUAUUUAAAAAACACCACAACUCACAGAUAUUCAAAGUAGCGUAAUUGUAAGCGAGUCGAAGAGGACCGACCGAGGUUUCUAUAUCGAUUAUUUAAUGAAUUUCUCCUUAUGUUGAAAGAGGGGAAAAGAGAAAUAACUGUUUAUACAUUACGUGCUUAAAUUCUCAAUGAGAGCCGUCGUCUACGAGCUUAGACGUAAUUAAGGCAAAGCUUACUGUAAAGAAAGAGAACGAAUCGCGGAUUGCAAAAACGUAGUAUAAAGAAUCGUAACGUUCGCAAUGUCGCAUUAUGUAAAGUUCGCCAGCACGAAUACGUUGUAAAACGGGGAUACACCAAUUUUAAGCAUUUACCUAAAAUUGGACGAUAUAUUUUGACGUGACUCUGUAACGUGGCAUUUGUGUGUAUCGUUGAAUCCGUUGUUCUGCAUUAUAAAUUGCACGAGUCGCUAGGAUUUUGACUGGAGAUACGUCGGAGAAUACGAAAGUGCUUUGUGUCGCGCGAUCGAGUACUGGUUAUGCGACAGAAGAGAGUAAAUCUCGAUGCGCAAUGGUAUUUACGAAGAUUGGAUGCGUUAAUCGAGCGAGAGGGAGAGAGAGAGAGAAAGCAGAGUGUGUGUAUGGUACGCGUGGUUUUUUGUAAAACAGAUCUAAACAAAUAUGGCUGUAUAUACAGACCGUUCGGUGGCGUAUAAUCGUAAUUUUAAUAUAACGCAUCUGUGAAAAAAAAGUUACUCCAAAUUAUUACAUCGCGAACACGUCGAGCGUUUUUUGCUACUUAUAUCUAUAAUCGCGUUCACUUGAGUCUGUUCAGGAUAAUUUCUAGUAAGAGCAUGUUUGUCAGAUGUGUUGGAGGCGGAUGCGAGAGCGAGUGCGAGAGAAAGAGAGAGCGUGUGCUUGUGUGUGUAUGUCACUUACAAUAAAAUUCAAAUAGAAUUGUUGUAAAGAGCAUAAGAGCAUCACCAUCACAGAUCUGAUUGCCGAGGAGAUAUUUUACAGAAAGAGACAGAGUCGCGAGUAUCUUUGUACGCCUAAAGGUGAACAGAUAAAGAAAAUACGAAAAAGAAUGACACGAUCGUUUCACAAAGAAUCUCUGCCGAGUACAGGUGGAAAGCACGCUAGCGAUAGACCUUUCGUAGUAGAAGCGGCGAUAACGAUAUUUUAUACAGUCUGCAAGGGAAGAAAAGAGAGAGAGAGAGAGAGAAAGAGGAAAUGAGAGGAUUCUCUCCGAUACAUGAUUGUUGCAACCUACAUAGUAACAGAAGGCCAUGGAAAUCACAUUUUGUUGUUUAUAUAUAUACAUAUAUAUACACAUAUAUAUAUACAUACAUACAAAUAUACAUAUAUAUGUAUAUAUAUAUAUAUAUAUUUCGUUAUUAGGUUUCUUAAUAAUUACUGAAGGCAAUCUAGAUAUGAAAGAAACAUGAUAUAGAGGGACAAGGCAGUUGAUGAAUUGAAAAGUAAACCCGUGUACCUUUCCUUUUUCAAGAAAAGAAAGUUUUACAAAAGUCUGUCCGAAACAAUAUCAUGUCUAAGUUAUCAAUUGUAUUAAUCAGCAGUAUAUCGGCACGCGCGACGAACCGGGAGCCGGCACGCGGUUGCUUGUAAUAGGUUGUAAAACGAGAUUUUUGCGUUUUUUGUAGAGCUGACUUUAUAAAAGAAACUGCUCAACUGCGAUUGUAAAUUUGACUGUUUGAUAGUUCAUUUCUAGGGCGAGCGAUGAACUAAAAUGCGAUGCAGGAAGUAUGCGUAAAGAAAAAUGAAUAAUAAAAAGCAAUACAAAUGGA